CUCUUACUCUUUUAUGCUCUUUGCUUUCCUUUCUCGUUUUUGUAAUUCAAUAAAAAUGGCGAAUCGUGCUGGUGGGUCGGCUAGAAGAGUUCCUGAGACUGAAGCCGCUAUUACUUACGUACAAUGUGAUGGUUUGGCGGUGAUGAAAAUCGUGAAGCACUGCCAUGAGGAAUCAUGCAGCAACAUGGAGGUGGCCCAGGGAGCCCUACUCGGACUGGUCGUGGAGAACCGACUUGAGAUCACCAACUGCUUUCCGUUCCCGAAGCAUGAUGACACUAUGGAUGAGGAGGAGUAUCAGCUGGACAUGAUGAGAAGACUGCGUAGAGUCAACGUUGAUCAUUUUCAUGUUGGAUGGUACCAAAGUGCAGACGUGGGUAACUUCUUGAGCCAGUCGCUGCUGGAGUCACAGUACCACUACCAGACCUCCAUCGAGGAGAGCGUCGUCGUCAUUUACGACACAAAGAAGUCCGCCAGGGGCUUCUUAACUCUGAAGGCUUACAGACUGACUCCUCAGGCUAUUGCCAUGUAUAAAGAAGGCGAUUACACACCGGAGGCGCUCCGCAACCUCAAGAUUGGCUAUGAGAGUUUGUUUAUCGAAGUGCCAAUCGUGAUCCGCAACUCUCCGCUCACAAAUAUUAUGAUGUCAGAGUUGCAAGAGAUGAUCCCAGACGAAGAGGGAUCCAAGUUUUUGGACCUCGGCACCGCAUCAGUGCUUGAAGGUCAACUUCGGAGCCUAAUGGAACGCGUAGAUGAACUGAACCAGGAAGCUAUCAAGUUCAACCGCUACCAGCAGCUGGUGGUCAGACAGCAGCAGGACAAGCACCGCUGGAUGGUCAAGAGAGCACAGGAGAACGCAGCCAGGGCCUCUAAGGAUGAACCGCCUCUACCUGAAGAAGAUGUAAACAAGCUGUUCAAGCCGCUCCCAGUGCCGCCAAGACUGAACCCGAUGAUCGUGGCGGGGCAGAUCAACACUUACAGCCAGCACAUCAGCCAGUUCUGUUCGCAGAGCCUCGCCAAGCUCUACCUUACCCAGGCGCUGCAGAACGCCAAGGAGGCCAAGCAGACCAACUGAUUUAUCAAAAUAAAUUGAUUUUAUUGUCACAA